ACAUGCGAAGCCAACUUUGUUCACUUGACAGUAAGUAGGAGGGUUUUACGAAACAGGAAAACGACUAGGACUACAGGAAUAAAUUGUACAUGGUUUUUGGUGCAAUUCAAACAAAUAAAUGACCAUGAGUUCGUUUUUGAUCAGCUCCAAUUAUGUGGACCCCAAAUUUCCGCCGUGUGAGGAAUAUUCCCACAGUGAUUACCUUUCCAGCCACUCUCCAGAGUAUUACAACAACCAGAAGAGAGAAAACAGCUUCCAGCAUGGAGCUACCUACCCCCGACCAGCCUGCACCAGCCAAGACUAUUCCUCUUGCCAGAGUUCCGGACGGCCGUCUUCCAUUGUGUCUCCCCGGACUCACCCCCAAAUUGGGCUGCUUCCUGAAGACAAGCAUCAAAGCCAGAGUACAAGCUCCAGUUCACCUCCGUCCUGCAGCCAAAUAUCUCUAGACCACAAGCCCCCAGAAUCAUCCUGCCAGAGCCCAGUGGUGUACCCCUGGAUGAAGAAAGUGCACAUUUCUACUGUCAAUGCUUCUUAUUCUGGGGGAGAAACCAAGCGCUCCCGCACAGCAUACACCAGACAGCAAGUCCUGGAACUAGAGAAGGAGUUUCACUACAAUCGCUAUCUGACCCGCAGGCGCAGAGUAGAGAUUGCACACACAUUGCGCCUGUCUGAGCGUCAGAUCAAGAUCUGGUUCCAAAACAGGAGGAUGAAGUGGAAAAAAGACCAUAAGCUUCCAAAUACUAAAAUAAGGUCGAGCCCAAUGUCAAGCCACCAGGUGACUGGGGGAUCAAACCCUGACAAGCAAAUAGAUAAUCAAGAAGACAAAUGGGCUCUUUUGUGA